CUUUUAUCAGUUUUUGGCCGAAUGUCGAGAAUGGGAGUUGAAUUUGCGGGAGGCUGUUUUGCGAGAAGAAACGAGUUCGGACGCUGCGGUCGGGCAACUGCACGAAGAUAACAUUAAGCCAAUUUUUGUGCAAUUGUCGCUCAUGAAGAAGAAAUCAUGACUGACAUCGGUGAAUCUUUCUCUUUUUUCUACUCAGGUCUGCUCCACCACAACUAUUACCGGUGAAUUGAAGUGGUGUGGUAAAUUGUGACCCUUGAUGUUGUAAACGUCCUUCAGACAACAUCAACGUUUUGAGUCAGUCUAAACCCUCAAGAAUCCAUGCAACAAUGAAAAACUGCCUCACAAUGCUACCAUCAUGAGCCAUGUCUGAUGGAACCACUUCUAAUCUCCGAAAAAUCACAGUCAGAAGCACGAAGGAUUGGUUCGACCCUCAGUCUUGCGCCUACGUUCCCGGGCUUAUCUGCAGUUCAGCGUGGGCGUUUCUGGUUCCGCUGAACCCUAUACCGAGUGCUGCUUUGGGCCUCUCCCUGCAUCCACUAGUCAAGCGAUUGGUGCAUUCGUUUACCCUGCGACCG